AUGACAAAGAAAAAGCGCCGCCACGCCCCUUAUCCAGCACAACUGCCGGACGAUUCUCGCCGCCGUUUUCCACAACCCGAAACCCAAACCCACGGUCAAGCCCGUAAUCACCCGCCAGUCUUAAUUGAUGACCGGGAAGCGGCUCAGGAACGCGAGAUCGAAACCCUGCUCCUCGACAACCACCGUCUCGCCUCCGCGCACGUCGCUCUUAAACAGGACCUCGACGCCGUCCAGCAGGAGCUCCGGCAUCUCUCUUCCACCGCUGCAACGGUCAAAGCGGAAAGGGAUGCUGAAGUGCGUGAGAUUUACGAGAAGGCACGGAGAAUGGAGGGCGAAGUCCAUACAGUCGAUGAGCUUAGCGUAGAGAUGGCUAGGGUUAGGACCGAUAUUCAGAACCUAAAUGCUGACCGCAAAGAGCUGACAGCCAAAUUACAGGAGAUGGAGGAUGAUCUCGUCAAGGUUCGUUCGGAGUUGCAGCAGUUUCCUGUAAUCAAAGCGGAAAUUGAGAGCAUGCGCAAGGAAGUUCAACGAGGAAG